CUGCUGGAGAAGUCAGACCUUCAUGCAGUGCUGGCUGAUAAGCUUCAAGCAGAAAAAUAUGACAUGCAGAGCAGACAUGAGAUCAGCCCAGGACACGAGGGCACAUGGAACGAUGCUCAGCUGCAGGAGCUGGCACAGCUGAAGAUCAAGCACCAGGAGGAGCUGACAGAGCUGCAUAAGAAACGUGGCGAGCUGGCCCAAUCUGUAAUUGAUCUGAACAACCAAAUGCAGCAGAAGGACAAAGAGAUGCAGAUGAAUGAAGCAAAGAUUGCAGAAUAUUUGCAGAAGAUCUCUGAACUGGAAACAGAGUGCCAGGAGUUGAGGAGCAAGCUGCAGGACCUCGAGAGAGCCAAUCAGACACUGAAAGAUGAGUAUGAUGCUCUCCAGAUCACCUUCAAUGCCUUGGAGGAGAAGCUGAGGAAAACUACUGAGGACAACCAGGAGCUGGUCUCACGUUGGAUGGCAGAGAAGGCACAAGAAGCCAAUCGUUUGAAUGCUGAGAAUGAAAAGGAUUCAAGGAGACGACAAGCCAGGCUGCAGAAGGAGCUAGCAGAAGCUGCCAAAGAACCCCUGCCUGUGGAACCGGAUGAUGACAUCGAGGUGCUGGCAGAUGAAACCCCUGAGCCAGCUGAGGAGAGCUCUCCAGUGAGGACCGUCAGCCGCACAGCCAGUAAGCGACUCUCCCAGCCAGCUGGAGGCCUUCUGGACUCUAUCACUAAUAUCUUUGGGAGGCGUUCUUUGUCCUCAUACCCUGCUCCCCAGGAUAACGUGGAGCCACAUGCAGGUGCCAGUAAAGAAGUGAGAGUGCCCACUACUGCCAUAUGUGUCUUUGAUGCCCACGAUGGGGAGGUGAAUGCUGUGCAGUUCAGCCCUGGCUCCCGUCUGCUGGCCACAGGAGGCAUGGACAGGAGGGUUAAGCUCUGGGAAGUCUUGGGAGAUAGGUGUGAGCCCAAAGGUGCCCUCUCUGGCAGUAAUGCUGGGAUUACAAGCAUAGAAUUUGAUAGUGCUGGUUCUUACCUCUUGGCAGCUUCAAAUGACUUUGCCAGCAGAAUCUGGACGGUGGAUGACAAUCGGUUGCGGCACACCCUGACAGGUCACAGUGGUAAGGUCCUGUCAGCCAAGUUCUUGCUGGACAACGCCCGCAUUGUUUCGGGGAGCCACGACCGGACCCUCAAGCUCUGGGACCUCCGCAGCAAAGUCUGUAUAAAAACAGUGUUUGCAGGAUCUAGCUGCAACGACAUCGUGUGUACUGAGCAAUGUGUAAUGAGUGGCCACUUUGAUAAGAAAAUUCGUUUCUGGGACAUCAGGACAGAGAGCAUAGUAAAAGAGCUGGAGCUGCUUGGAAGAAUCACAGCUCUGGACCUGAACUCGGAGCGCACGGAACUCCUGACCUGCUCCCGUGACGACCUCCUGAAGAUCAUUGAUCUGCGGGUGGGUGCUGUCAAGCAGACCUUCAGUGCCCAGGGAUUCAAAUGUGGCUCUGACUGGACAAGAGUUGUGUUCAGCCCUGAUGGUAACUAUGUGGCUGCUGGUUCAGCUGAUGGGGCCCUCUACAUUUGGAAUGUGCUCACUGGGAAGUUGGAGAGGACACUUGCAAAGCAUCACAGUUCUUCUAUCAAUGCCGUGGCGUGGUCGCCAGCGGGUGCCCACGUGGUCAGUGUGGACAAAGGAAACAAGGCUGUCCUGUGGUCUGAGUUCUGACUGGAUGGAGGGUGGAAGGCAGAGCAUGCAGCACCUCUGUGUGUGGUGGUGCUGCUCCAUGGCUGAACAGGAGACCUGAGCCCAGUCCAACCUGAGCUGGGCUGUUGAGUGCUUGGGCUUCGCUUCCCAGAGGCAAGUUCUGAGGCAAUGGAGGAGGAGCCCGAGGCAGAGACUUCUUGUGGC